AUGUUCGCUGCCACUCUGCUGGUCCUGGCCCUCCUGGGCAGUGCCCACACCUGCCCCAAAGACAACUCUUACAAGGCGGGCAUUGUGUGCCGCAUUACCAAGCCUGCCACCCUGGUGUUGAACCAGGAGACCACCAAAGUGAUCCAAAGAGCCUUCCAACGAGCCAACUACCCAGACAUCAAGGGGGAAAAGGCCAUGAUGUUCCUGGGCCAAGUCAAAUAUGGUCUACACAACAUCCAGAUCAGCCACUUGUCCAUCGCCAGCAGCCAGGUCGAGCUGGUGGAAGACAAAUACAUCGACAUCUCCAUUCAAAAUGUGUCUGUGAUCUUUAAGGGGACCCUGAACUACGGCUACACCAGCGCCUGGGGGUUUGGCAUUGAUCAGUAUGUGGACUUUGAGAUCGACUCUUCCAUUGACCUCCAGAUCCACCCAGAGCUGACCUGCAGCUCUGGCCGUGUGCAAGCCGAGGUCCAGGAUUGCUACCUGUCCUUCCACAAGCUGCUCUUGAAUCUCCAUGGGGAGCGUGAGCCUGGGUGGAUCAAGCAGUUGUUCACAAACUUCAUCUCCUUCACCCUGAAGAUGGUCCUGAAGGGACAGGUCUGCAAAGAAAUCAACGUCAUCACCGACAUCAUGGCUGACUUUGUCCAGAGACGGGCUGCUGACUUCCUCUCAGACAGAGACAUUGAGGUGGACAUUUCCCUGUCAAGAUCACCUGUCAUCAAAGCCACCUACCUGGAGUCUCAUCACAAGGGUCAUGUCAUCUACAAGAACAUCUCGGAGGAACUUUCCCUCCCCACUUUCUCGCCCAGCCUUCUGGGGGACUCCCGCAUGCUCUACUUCUGGUUCUCUGAGCAAGUCCUUGACUCGCUGGCCAACACUGUCUUCCGGGAUGACCGCCUAGUGCUCAGUCUGACAGGGGAUGAGUUCAAGACGAUACUGGAGACCCAGGGCCUCAACACCAACCAGGAACUCUUUCAGGAGCUUUUUGGUGGCUUUCCCACAAGCCAGGCCCAAGUAACCGUCCACUGCCUCAAGACACCCAAGAUCUCCUGUCAAAGCCAAGGCGUCGUGGUCAGUUCUUCAGUGAUGGUGAAAUUUCUUGUCCAAUACCCAGGCAGACAACACUUUGUGGCUUACACUUUUGAAGAGGACAUCAUCACCACCGUCCAGGCGUCCUAUUCCAAAAAGAAGCUCUUCCUAAACCUCUUGGAUUUCCAAAUUAAACCAAAGAAUGUUGCCAACUUGACUGAGAGCAGCUCUGAGUCCAUGCAGAGGUUCCUGAGGCUGGUGAUCUCCAUGGUGGGCAUCCCUGAGGUCAUGUCUCGGCUGGAGGUGGCACUUACAGACUUCAUGAACAGCAAAGGCCUGGACUUCUUUGAAAUAAUCAACCCUGAAAUUGUUACUCAGGAUGGCUACCUUCUGCUUCAGAUGGACUUUGGCUUCCCUGAGCACCUAUUGGUGGACUUUCUUCACCGCUUGACCUAG